AUGGUGCGUGCGCUUUGGAUCGCGAGCGUGGGCCUGGGCCGCGGCGCGCGCCUGGGGGGGGUUCGCAUGUACGCGAGCGCCCGCGAGGCGCCGAGCGCCCGUGUGGUCUACCGCGGGGGGCCGUACAUGCGUCGCCCGUGGUUCUUCUUUGCGAGCGGGUGCUUUGUCCUCGCUGGCGUCAACUUUGGCUGGUUCAUUCGCGACUACCUUACCUGGCCGCUCAUUCCGGAAGAGGGGCAGGAGUCGGAGCUCGUGCAUCCCGCGCUGCGGUACACGGCCGCAGGCGGCACGGUCCUCCUCUCGCUCCUCUGUGGGUGGUACUUUUUCUACGCACCGAGCCGCAUGGUGACGCGCGUCACGAUCUAUCCCCGCACGCAGAUGGUCGGCCUGCGCACCGCGACCGCGGCACCGACCCGCUACCUUCCGGCGUCGCUGCGUGCGCGCCCAUUCUUCCGCCGCGCAGGCACGCUCUCGCCGGAUGAUCCGCGCGAGCGCCUCGUGCCGCUCGCCGAGCUGUACCGCCUGCAGGGCUCUGCGGUCGGCAGCGAGGUCGCGCUCGGCACGCAGCUCGUCAAGGAACGCGUGACGCUCCCGCCGCACAUUGCGACGUGGCUGCAAAAGACGGCGCCGAGCAUUCCCAAGGUCGACCAGCAGGACACGCUCAUGCUGCGUGUCGGCGACGCGCGUCUGGCGUUCCAGCUGUCGGCACAGCCGCAGCGCGCGUCGUUCCUGGGCGAGAAGCCGCCGGGGGGGAUCCGCCGCUUUUUCCACCUGCUGCUCCGUGGCGCGACAGACUGGGAGCAGGCGCCGGGAUACGAGGCGGGUGCCGCCGAAAAGGCCGCUCAGACGCAGCGCGCGGCGAACGGCGUGGACACGGAGCCGUGGUUUUUGGACCGUGCCAACUUUGACCAGCUCUUUCCUCUGGACGCGACGCGGUACAAGAAAAAGUAG